AGGAGGGUAUGGUUCUGUCUAUAAAGGCAUCUUGAGUCCUCACCAAACUAUUGUUGCUGUGAAGGUUUUCAACCUUCAAAAUCAUGGAGCUUCGAAGAGCUUUCUAGCUGAAUGUGAGGUGCUGAAGAGUGCUCGACAUCGAAAUCUUGUCAAGGUCAUGACUUGCUGCUCAAUGGUUGAUGUCAGAGGCCAUGAUUUCAAAGCUCUGGUUUUUGAGUUCAUUCCUAAUGGAAGUCUAGAGAAAUGGUUACAUCCAGAGUUAGAUGGGCAUCAUCAUACGGAAAGCCUAAGCCUGCUUCAAAGGUUAAACAUAGCGAUUGAUGUGGCUGAUGCAGGAGACUACCUUCAUAAUAAUUGUCAGCCAUCCAUUGUUCAUUGUGAUCUAAAGCCUAGUAAUAUAUUGAUUGAUAAUGAGAUGAUUGCUCAUGUGGGAGACUUUGGUCUGGCAAGGUUCAUGUCUAAAGCUACAGCAAUCUCCUUGGCAGACAAGAGUAGCUCAAUCCGGAUAAAAGGAACCCUUGGAUAUAUUGCGCCAGAAUAUGGCGCAAGUGGUCAGGUAUCUACUUCUGGUGAUGUUUAUAGCUAUGGAAUCCUUCUUUUCGAGAUGCUUACUGGAAAGAGUCCUGUCGAUGAUAUGUUUAAAGAUGGCCUAAGCCUUCGAAAGUUUGUAGAGAUGGCUUUUCCUGAAAGAGUUAUGGCAAUUGUGGAUCCGCUAAUGCCACUUGCAGAGGAUGAGAGUAAAACUCGUGAAUGCUUAAUAUCCAUGAUAAGAAUUGGUCUUUCUUGCUCAAAUGGGUCAGUGAAAGAAAGAUUGAAUAUAAGUAAUGUUGCCACAACCAUGCAUGCAAUUAGGGAUGCCUACCUUGGGACUCAAGUUCAUUAGAAGAUUUGGUGAAGCUUAAGUGGAAGGUAAAGUCUUAGUAUCUUAACUCUAAUAAUUGUCAAGUUGCAGUGUUUGAUGUUGUAAACCUAUUUCCUAGCGUUAAACUUCUCUGAGACUUAAGCUGUGAGUUUGUUGUUUAUUUUCUACCAGUGGCUACAAAGAAUUAGUAAUAAAUAUGAUGGUUGUGUGUGUCUCCGCA